AUGGCAACCUCUCGAGAACGGCCCAGACGAAAGUUUGCGCCUAUACCCGUUGAGACCACCUUUGAGCGCUACCGGAAAGCCAUCCCGAAUGGCGAACCUACACCCAGUCCAUCGCCGCGUUCCCCAUCACCACCGCCCCGCGAGAAACGAAGAUUUGCCCCUCAGCUCGUCGAGUCCUCCGUACGAAGAUCCCGCCGCAUUGGCGACGAGGGUCCUGCCACUAGGCCUACCGACAAAACAGACAUCACUCCCUAUACGAAUCACAUCUAUGCACCCAAGGCCAAGAGGAGGUUCGGGCAGGGGACUUCAAUAGCAUCGCCUACACCCCCAGCUCAGAGGAAGAAGGGCCAUGCCCGUCGAGAAUCGUGUGACGAUGAGGUUGCCGAUGGCUUCUUCGAUCUGGUGGCCCGGGAUGCGCAGGCUAAGAAAAUGCAAGAGAUGGCCAUGAGUGCCUUCCCGAACAGUAGUGAGCGCAUAGGUGGCGCUGAACACUUUUACGUUCGCGAAGGCUCGGAGGAUGAUGAGAUGGCCACAAGAGGACGACCUCGGACGAGAGGUCCAUGGGCUACUCUCCAGUCGCGUCGGAACUCGUCGGAGGAAGACAUCAGUUGGGCGUUCAAGGAGAUGCAGGAACACGCCGAAAUGCUACAGAAGGAAACUAAACGUGGUUUUGACCCGGAAAGAGUCUCAACCCUCGACUUGGAUAACAUGAGCUUUGAUGAGCCAUUCCAUGAUGUGAUGAACCUCACAUCUACGUCUAGGCCAUCUCUCACCGGUUCCCCUCUCUGGACUUCACGGCCCUCACCCGCCAACAUGGGCCCGAUUGGUGAAUCUCACAUGCCACUGAUACGGUCUGAGUCACCUCUACCUGUCAUUGGUGAAUCCGCCAUGCCGUACAUCCCACCCGAGUCUCCUCCUCGUCGCCCAAUAGGCGAGAGCUUCAUGCCAUACAUACCCUCGGCGCCUUUAGGGAAGGCUGCCGAUAUGCCUUAUGCCCCUCCAUCUCAGAUACCCCCAGACACUGCGUUUGGAAAUCACGGAUAUGCCUUCCAGCCGUACGCUGAGCCUGAGCGAGACAUGUCGUUGGAACUUGCUAGGAAUCAGCACCGACUACGGGUGAAGGGCUCACCUCCGAUGCUCGGCCAGGACCUGGUAUUUAGGAUGUGCCAGUCCCCUAAACACACCAAGCUCGAACCGGAUCAUCUUUGGGAUUUGGAGAAAGAAACGACAAAGGAGGACGAACAUCGGGAUCCCAGCGAGCAGCGCGGUCUCUGGCGUGGAUACUGUUAUGCUCAUGAUAAGGACGAGCAUAUCAUCCCGGUCGAGCGACCACAGUAUCUCAACACCCCUCACCCGCCACAAUCGCCCCGUGACCCCUUUGCGCAAGCCUUUGGACAGUCGGCGCCAGCUGAGUUGAGCGCCGAAGGGACACCCUCUGAUGGUGCUACGAGGACCACAUCUCUCCAAAUUCCAUUCCGCUCUCCUUCGCUCACGUUGCACCCUGAGCAUCGCACCAAGAACAAUGAGCGCAAGGGCCUUCACAUGCUUCCUUUGCAAAGUCUUGAAGAGAGACUGAAGAAGGAGAAGGCGGCUGCCGAUCUAGAAGAGAAGAUUGCCGCCGAGUUUGAUGACCAUUUUGUCACACAAGUGUACAACUACCUUUCGCUUGGAUACCCUGCUUUGGCGAGGCCGUAUGACGAGGAACUGAGCAAGAUCAGUCGUAUCCCGAUUGAUGAAUUGGAGCGCGACGACGACGCAAUCAUGGGAAUCAACGGUGCUCCCAAAGCCACGGGCCAUAUCAUGUUGUAUGGCGAGGAGAAGGACGAUACUCCCGAGGAAAAGAGAUGCCCUCGGUGGAAGGCCCUCAAGAAAUACAUAUUUGAGUGGGCGAGACAGCAUCCCGACCUGGACGCGAUCAGUCCGCUAGCUUGGGGUGUCCGGGAAAGGAGAGGGAGUUGGGGACUCUGA